GCUCCCGCUCGCUCGCGCUUCUGCCGCCGCCGCCGCCGCCAUAUUGUCUCCCCCCGCGGCGGGCUGAGAGAGGCCGCCCCCUCCCCCAGGAGCGGACCCGGGAGAGACCCGCCCGCUCCCCCCGUCCUCGUCGCCGCCCCCCCGCGCGGCCCGGCGAGGAACGGGGCGAUGCUAUAACCGGAUGCCUGGGUCCUCGGAACCGCCUCUCUUUCUGCCCCCCUCGUGUCAGAUGGAAUCCGGCCGCUGACGGUGUGGGAUCAGCCUGCCGCACCUUCCGAGCACCGUGUGGCCAGCCUCACACCCCUCCCUCCCCGCCCCCCCUCCCUGCCUGGAAUGCUGUAUGUGCCUUGCUCGGCCUCUGGCAGGACAGCGGCCAGUGCCAGCAUUGGGGCAGCCCAUUAAAGCAGACUCCAGAGCGACUGCGGUGCUGAUCGCCACCCUGGGACAGCCAUGUCGGGCCCGGUACCGAGUCGAGCAAGAGUCUACACGGACGUCAACACCCAGAGGCCUCGCGAAUAUUGGGACUACGAGUCCCAUGUGGUGGAGUGGGGUAACCAAGAUGACUACCAACUUGUGCGGAAACUCGGUCGUGGCAAAUACAGCGAAGUCUUUGAAGCCAUCAACAUCACCAACAACGAGAAAGUGGUGGUGAAAAUCCUCAAGCCAGUAAAAAAAAAGAAAAUAAAGCGUGAAAUUAAAAUCCUGGAAAACCUGCGGGGAGGACCUAACAUCAUCAACCUUCUAGACAUCGUCAAGGACCCCGUGUCUCGGACCCCCGCCCUGGUUUUCGAGCAUGUCAACAACACGGAUUUCAAGCAAUUGUAUCAGACGCUUUCAGAUUUUGAUAUUCGAUUCUACAUGUAUGAAAUCUUGAAGGCUCUGGAUUACUGCCACAGCAUGGGGGUCAUGCACCGGGACGUCAAGCCACACAACGUGAUGAUCGACCACGAGCAUCGGAAGCUGCGCCUGAUCGACUGGGGACUGGCAGAAUUCUACCACCCGGGACAAGAAUAUAACGUCAGAGUGGCUUCCCGGUACUUCAAGGGACCGGAGCUUUUGGUGGAUUACCAGAUGUACGACUACAGCCUGGACAUGUGGAGCCUGGGCUGCAUGCUGGCCAGCAUGGUCUUCCGCAAGGAGCCCUUCUUCCACGGGCACGACAACUACGACCAGUUGGUGCGGAUUGCCAAGGUGUUGGGCACUGAGGAUCUCUAUGACUACAUCGACAAGUAUAACGUGGAACUGGACCCCCGUUUCAACGACAUCCUGGGCAGGCAUUCCCGCAAGCGAUGGGAGCGCUUUGUGCACAGCGAGAACCAGCACCUGGUGAGCACCGAGGCCCUAGACUUCCUGGACAAGCUGCUGCGCUACGACCACCAGACUCGGCUGACAGCCCGCGAGGCCAUGGAGCACCCCUACUUCUAUCCCAUCGUGAAGGACCCAGCCAGGCUGGCCUCCUCCACUGUCCUCUCAUCGGCCAACACACCUGUCAGCUCCUCCAGCAUGUUGGCAGGCCUCCCUUUUCCUUCCUUUUCUCCACCUGCAGGCAUCGCCUCCAUGUCAGCCGCCCAGCCGAUCGGCAGCUUGGCCGCCUCCCCCGUCAUCUCCUCUCCGAAUGCGCUGGGCUCGCCAGUCCCCGCAGCCGCCGGAGCUCAGCCGUGACCACGGGAGAGCCAUCUGGCGUUGAGCACCGCCAAGCCCGCAGUCGUGCCCUCCUCCUCCUCACCCCCCCUGCCCGCCUCUGCAUGGCGCUACCGACGCCCGGGGCGGGCAGGAGGACAGCCCGAGGCGGGGCAGGGGGGACCCUGCCUCCGGAACCCCCCCUUUUUUUGUUUGUUUCUGUUGAGUGUGUCGAGGAGCCGAGUCCAGGCUGCUGCCUCCGCUGCUGCUGCUGCUCUUCCGCCUUCCACCAAGGCAGACUCUCGUUCCGGGCAGAGGCUUCUCCUCUGUGGUUUGUGUCGAGUCCCGUCGGCUGCCUUCUUCCCAUGAGGGUCGUGGUUAGUGAUGCAACUACAGUGUAGACACCUGAACGGAGAAUAAAAUUUAUUUUCUAUGUCCCUAAA